GACUGAAAGCAGCCAGGGAAAUGUGUUCUGUCCUAUACUUGAGUCUUCUGCUGUCACUAACACACAGUCUUCCUAUUUUUAGGAAUGGACGGAAGAGUCAUAACAAGCUGCUACUUAUUUCCUUUGAUGGCUUUCGUUGGGAUUAUGACGAAGAUGUUGAAUGCCCAAAUUUGCAAAACUUAGUCAGAGAAGGUGUAAAAGCAAAAUAUAUUACACCUGCCUUUAUUACAAUAACCUCUCCAUCUCAUUUCACAUUGAUAACGGGUAGAUAUAUAGAGACGCAUGGCGUAAUCCACAAUAUGUGGUUCAAUACAACAACUGGACAAAAAAAACCAUAUUACCAGACACAGAGUGUCAACGAAUAUUGGGACAAUGGAAGUUUACCCAUCUGGAUCACUGCCCAGCGACAGGGUUUAAAAACAGGCUCCUUUCACUUCCCUGGCACCAAAUCCUCCUAUGAUGGAGAAGAUGUUUUCCUGAAAGAAGUGGAGCCUCCAUUUUACCAUUACAGCAAUGAAACAGCCUGGAAAGAAAACAUCGACACAGUGAUGCAAUGGUUCACUUCACAAGAUCUGGACUUUGUUUCACUCUACUUUGGUGAACCAGAUGGAGCUGGCCACAAACAUGGCCCGGAAUCAAAUCAGAGAAAAGACAUGGUUCGGCAGGUAGACAGAACAGUAGGUUACUUAUUGCAAAGUAUUCAAAGCCAUGGCUUGAAAUCUAAACUCAAUGUCAUCAUCACUGCUGAUCAUGGAAUGACUACCGUGCUGAAAGAACCCCAAGUGACAGAAAUUGUGCUGAAAAGAAUUGCCAACUUCUCAUUCGAAGACAUUGAUUUUGAAUUACUCGAUUAUGGACCAAAUGGCAUGUUACUACCUAAAGAAGGAAUGAUAGAAAAGGUGUACCAAGCUCUGAAAGGUGCUCAUCCUCAUCUAAACGUUUAUAAAAAAGAAGAUUUUCCAGAAAGACUUCACUAUGCUAACAACGAAAGAAUUCUCCCUAUUGUCAUGUAUGGUGACCUUGGCUACGUUAUUCAUGGGAGAGCCAAAUUCCAGUUUAACAAAGGCGAGCAUGGUUUUGAUAACUCAAAUAUGGACAUGAAAAUGAUUUUUCGCGCAUUUGGUCCAGAUUUCAAAAAGAAUUAUUUGGCUGAGCCAUUCGAAAGUGUGAACAUUUAUCCACUCAUGUGUGAGCUUCUCAACAUCGUGCCUGAGCCAAACAAUGGAUCUUUGGAACUUACCAGAAGAAUGUUGGCCUAUCAGGAAGACACCAAAUAUCCUGACUCAACAUUACUUCAGGCGGUUAUAGGUUUGGGAACAGUUGUUGGUUUAAUGGUUCUAAUUGCUGUUAUUGUUGGAACUCAUGCUUUGUGCAAGCAAAGAAACAAAAGAGUACAAGGGUAAUGACCUACGAUUAUCUCAUCAGUUCAAGUCCAAGAGACAACUCUCAGCCUGUGCUCAGGCCGGAUGACAUUUUGUAUUAAAGAUUUAACUGUUCAAAUGUGAGAAAGCUAAUGGCUUUUUUGUACAAUUUAUUACAUUUGAACAUUAAAUCUGAAAAUUAAAUUGAUGUAUAGAAUUAUACAUUGGCAGACAUUCA